GAGCAGCAUCCGGAGCAGAGCUGCAGCAGCGCCGCCUUUUGUGCUGAGGCUGCCGCCGAGCCCCCCAGGGCAGCCUCCUCUCCGUCCCAUCCUCCACCCUAACCAUGGCCUGUCUCCAUGAGACACGAACACCCUCACCCUCUUUUGGAGGUUUCAUGGCAGCCCUAAGCGAGGCCUCCGUUCGAAAACUCGACCCAGACACUUCGGACUGCACUCCAGAGAAGGACCUGACCCCCACCCAGUGUGUGUUGAGGGAUGUGGUACCCCUGGGUGGGCAAGGGGGGAGUGGGCACAGUCCUUCCCCAGGUGGGGAAGCCCCCACAGAGGCCUUUGCCAACAGCGUCCUGCAACUGCAUGAGCAGGAGGCUGGGGGCCCAGGAGGGGCUGCAGGGCUCACGGAAAGCCGGACACCCCGGUUCCGAGCAGAUGAAGUCAGGCUCCAGUGUCAGAGUGGCAGCGGCUUCCUGGAGGGCCUCUUUGGCUGCCUCCGUCCAGUCUGGACCAUGAUUGGCAAAGCUUAUUCCACAGAGCACAAGCAGCAACAGGAAGACCUGUGGGAGGUGCCCUUUGAGGAGAUCCUGGACCUGCAGUGGGUGGGUUCUGGGGCCCAAGGUGCUGUAUUCCUGGGACGUUUCCACGGGGAAGAGGUGGCUGUGAAGAAGGUUCGGGACCUGAAGGAGACUGACAUCAAACACCUUCGGAAACUCAAGCACCCCAACAUCAUUACCUUCAAGGGUGUCUGCACCCAGGCUCCCUGCUACUGUAUCCUGAUGGAGUUCUGUGCCCAGGGCCAGUUAUACGAGGUGCUGCGGGCAGGACGUCCCGUCACCCCAUCUCUGCUAGUCGAUUGGUCCAUGGGCAUUGCUGGAGGGAUGAACUACCUGCAUCUGCACAAGAUCAUCCACCGGGAUCUCAAAUCCCCAAACAUGCUGAUCACUUAUGACGAUGUGGUCAAGAUCUCAGACUUCGGAACAUCCAAGGAGCUCAGCGACAAAAGCACUAAGAUGUCAUUUGCAGGGACAGUGGCUUGGAUGGCCCCAGAGGUGAUCCGGAAUGAGCCUGUGUCUGAGAAGGUGGACAUUUGGUCAUUUGGUGUGGUGCUGUGGGAGCUGCUGACUGGUGAAAUCCCCUACAAAGAUGUAGAUUCAUCCGCCAUCAUCUGGGGUGUGGGCAGCAAUAGCCUUCAUCUACCUGUGCCAUCCAGCUGCCCCGAUGGUUUCAAGAUCCUCCUCCGCCAGUGCUGGAAUAGCAAGCCCAGGAACCGGCCUUCAUUCAGGCAGAUCCUACUGCACCUGGACAUUGCCUCAGCUGAUGUGCUCUCCACGCCCCAGGAAACCUACUUCAAAUCCCAGGCAGAGUGGAGGGAAGAAGUGAAGCUGCAUUUCGAAAAGAUCAAGUCAGAAGGGACUUGUCUACAUCGGCUAGAGGAAGAGCUAGUGACUCGAAGGAGAGAAGAACUCAGACAUGCCUUGGACAUCCGGGAACACUAUGAGCGGAAGCUGGAACGUGCCAAUAACUUGUACAUGGAACUGAAUGCACUGAUGCUGCAGCUGGAGCUCAAGGAGAGGGAGCUGCUGAGGCGGGAGCAGGCCUUGGAAAGGAGAUGCCCUGGGCUCCUGAAACCACACCCUCCCCGGGGACUUCUUCAUGGCAACACCGUGGAGAAGCUCAUCAAGAAGAGGAAUGUCCCACAGAAGCUAUCCCCUCACAGCAAAAGGCCAGAUAUCCUCAAAACAGAAUCCUUGCUCCCCAAGUUGGAUGCAGCCUUGAGUAGUGUUGGGCUCCCUGGUUGCCCUAAGGGGCCCCCCUCUCCGGGACGGAGCCGUCGUGGCAAAACCCGUCACCGAAAGGCCAGCUCCAAGGGCAGCUGUGGUGACCUGCUUGGGUUUCGGGCAUCUGUACCUAAUCCUGAACCUGGGGGGCCAGGAAACCCAGGGAGUUUAGGAGGGGGACCCUCAGCAUGGGAGGUCUGCCCACCUGCCCUCCGGGGCCUCCACCAUGACCUCCUCCUCAGAAAGAUGUCAUCUUCUUCCCCUGACUUGUUAUCAGCGGCAUUGGGAGCCCGAGGCAGAGGGGCAGGAGGGGGAGCUGUGGAACCCAGCUCUCCCCCUCCUGCACAGGAAGACACCCCUCCCAGUGAGGGAUCAGCUCCUGGCUCUACCAGCCCAGAUUCACCAGGAGGAGCCAAAGGGGAACCACCUCCAACAGGGGGCCAAGGUGAAGGUGCAGGGCUGCUGGGUUCUAGCAGGGAGGGAACUGCUGGAAGAGGAAGCAGGGCUGGUGCCCAGCACCUGACCCCUGCUGCACUGCUGUACCGAGCUGCUGUCACUAGAAGCCAGAAACGCGGCGUAUCCUCAGAGGAAGAGGAAGGAGAGGUAGAUAGUGAAGUGGAAUUGCCCACGAGACAGAGGUGGCCGCAAGGCCUGAACAAACGGCAGUCACUAUCCACGUUCAGUUCAGAAAACUUGUCUGAUGCAGAAGAAGGUACAGCUAGUGAACCAUCACCCAGUGGUACCCCAGAGGUGGGCAGUACCAACACAGAUGAGAGGCCUGACGAGCGGUCAGAUGACAUGUGCUCUCAGGGCUCUGAGAUCCCACUGGACCCACCUGCUCCAGAUGGAGCCUUGGGGCAUGAACCUGGCUCCCAGUCCAGCCCACAGGAGGUGCAAAACCAAGCCCUACUCAGAAGGGAACAGGGCAUCCUCAACUCUGAGGACUCAGACUGCGAUAGCACGGAACUGGAUAACUCAGGCAGUGCUGAUGCCCUGCAGCCCCCUGCCUCCCUCCCUCCGUGAAUGCCACCCUUACCCAAUGUAUAGAGAAAUAUUUAUAUAAAUUAUAUAUAUUCGACACAUAUUCAACAGAGAAAAAACAGGGCUGCUCCAGCCUGACAUAAGGAUUAUGGUCGCUUCCUCCCCACCCCCACCAACAUCCAUCUGGACUUGGGGGAGACUGGUAUCUAUGGGGAUAGGCUCAACCUAGGAACCUCCCUCACCCAUUUCUACGGUCAGCUGGCUGUCUCUGGGAUAGAAAAAUAAAAACCUGUUAUUUCCCGCCCCCUUUAACCCCACCCUACCCCAAAAGUCUUGAGGUAGGGGCAGGGCAACUGCCUAACACUGCACUUUUUUUUUGUUUUAUUACCCUGUUUACAAAUUUUGCACUUGGGAGGAGAGAGGCCAGGGCUGAGUCCUCUCCUCUGGGGCUUCUCAGGUGAUUAUUCACCCUCCCUCCCUUUUUUAAAGCCCCCCCCCCUCUCACUGGCUAAAGGACUCAGGAGGAAAGAGAGGUAGUAAGGAGCAUGUGACAAUGGCUCAGGCCAGGAAAUGGAAUUAUAGGGUCCUCUGUACCCAGUCCACCUGCCUUUUGGGGGUGGGGACUACGUCACUGUUGUAACCCCUGUAAGAUACCUUGAAAUAUAAUCAAUCCAUGCAGGCUCAGCUGUUGAGUUUUCUUGUUAAGUGGGAGAAGGGCUACAGAGUGAAGGAGUAUAGAAUUGGGGGUCAUUGGGGGAGGGUGAAGGGAAUGAGUACCUUAUGAAAUGUGAGAAGUUGAAGACAGAGCAGAAUCUGAAAAACUCCUCCCUAAUGCAACAAUGCAAUCAAUUCUGAUCUAGGUUUCUUAAAAUGCCCAUAUCUCACACUAUCCUUUGUCACAAGGCAUCAUGGAAAAAUCCCAGAGAAGCUAAAAUGGGUAUCUUUAUGACUAGUUUUCUUCACUUGGAAAGAAUCCAUAGCAGUUGGGGGGAAGGAGACAAAUUAAUCCAUGCAGAAAGAAUGCUAUCCUUCGCUAUGCUGUGUCAGUCCCACUACUCAGGUAACCUCAGUUUUAGGCCUAAGCAACAGGAACAUGUUCUUCCCACCAGUGUAAAGAUUAAACAGAAUAGAAGAUUGGAGAGGUAAGGAAGGCUGUUUCCUGGUGACCCAAAUGAAUACUAGUUAUCACUCCACUAUAAUCCAAUUUCUAUUUUCCCUCUCAUUUUUAGGUCUAGUUCCCAAAGUAAAUCCUGGCACAAUAAAGGUUUAAUCAGGGAGCCAAGAACUGCCAACUAUGGUGGUUCUCAUAGCCUUUCUUAGGGAAUGAAACGCAGGAUUCUUUCCCACUACCAACUUGAAAAACUAUGACUGAGGU